AUGGCCGACAAGGCGGUUCCUCCCAGGUCGCUUGGUCCGUAUGGUCUGAUUAAGGGCGAGGCGCACCACUAUGCCUACCUGUCCGCUGCGAUCGUUCUCGGAUCAAUCUGCCUGGUCUCUACCGUCGUCUUCUUCAUCCUCGCCAAGUCACAUAAUGACCUGAAGCAACGCGGCCGGUACCUCGUCUUCUGGAAUGGCCUCUCCGCGACCGGUGUCGUUACUGUCUACCUCAUGCUAAACUCGUUUGCGGGCGAGUUUCCCUGCUUCGUACUUUUGUGGACGUCGUACCUGUGUAUCGUCCCCUGGCUCCUCACCUAUCUCGCGCGCGGAUGGCGACUUGUAUACAUUUACAACCAGCAGGUCGAUUUUGGGAGGACGAACAUCAUCAUUCAGCGGAAUAGCACCAUCGACUCGAACGACCUCUUCCAUGAAUCCAUCACAGCGAGCCUCGGAGCAGGGUUGGGAUCAGGGAUGGAGAUGAGGAUAGGGAUGGGCGAAGCACCUGUAUCCAAUUUUAGGACGACAGGACGAGACGACCUAGGGAUUGCGCAGAGCGGUCCAGACCACAGACAGAAUCCGGACCAAAUUCGCGGCGGAUUGCCCGUAGCAGGAUCAAUACCCGGACCAGGCAUACAGAUAGGAGGGAAAGACGAGGCAGUAAUCAAUGAACAAGGAUAUACCACCAAUACUACCAAUACCAAUGCCAAUAACAAUUCGCAAGCAAAGUCAGAGUUGGACGGGUCAAAGUCAGCGCCAUCAACAAUAUCUACUACAGAGCAAGGACCCGUCAUUGCCAAUAUUACUACAACAACCAUUACACCGCCACAUUCUAUCGCUACAGCACCAAGAAUACCCUCCAACAAUAAUAUCUCUGCCAGAGCCAUCUUCUCGCCUCCAGGUAUCGCCAUCUUUCCCGAGUCGAAUGGGGUCGUCUUGAGCAGUACCAACGCACAGGAAAACUGGGAAGCGUUAGCACCGACAAGCGUCGGCCUCUCACACGAUAUACGUGAGAUGAUCGGAAGGUCUCAGCCGAUAACCUUCGACCCCAUGCCAACGGAGGAGAAGCACCGGUGGAGUCGCUACCUACCGUUCAACAAGGUUACGGACAGCAGGCUGACUGUGUUCUUGCUGGGAUGCAUGAUUUUCCCCUUCGCCCUCUGUCUGGGGAUGCAGUUUGUGAAGCCAUCGCCAGUCCAGAUCGGCCCCAUCAGUUACAAAUGUGGCGAGGGACCAGUGUUUCUUCCGAUCUAUGCAAUCAUGCUGGCCUUUUUGGCAGUCGGCUGUCCUAUUUUAUCGUGGAAACUCUGGUGGAUCAAGGAUGGAUUUGGUAUCCGGAACGAACUUUUGAUCACGAUGAUUAUCGGCCUCCCAGGAUUCGCCCUCUAUUUUCUUUCGCCCUUCUAUCUCAAACACCUCGACGCCGGCCCCUGGAACCAUGUCAACUGGCUCACCCUCACCAUCUUUUUGGCGCACGUCAACUCCGUGGUACUGCCGCUUAUCCAGUUCUUCAUGAGGCAGCGACCCAAAAAGCGAACUAGCAGUGUCAGGAGUGGGAGUAGUCGGUUUGCCAACAUUAUUCGAUGGGACUUACCAAAGUCGUUUCCUAGAACACCUACGAUGGAAGUGACCAGCGACGCAUCUUCCUUUCACUUUCACUCGCGGUCGUCGUCUCAAUUCGUUCCAGCAAAUCAACAUGGUCCUGAGCAGUGUGAUCCCAGUGUUUGCGACAGGCACUCGGUGGCGCAAUUGAGCAUUGAUUCGAAGGUCCCUGUCGACUAUCACGGGGAGGAUGCACCAUAUGUGUUGGUCAAUUAUAGUACGCAAACGGGCCAUCGCCUUCGCGGAAUCAAAGGAUUCUGGGCGAAAUACGGCAAGGAUGCGGAGGGCAACAUCAUACCGCUCUCGCAGAUGAACCCGCGUGCCUUUGAAUACGCUCUUCAGGAUACGGAAAUGCUGAAUGAGCUCGUCAAAUUCUCGAUCACAGUAUUCAGCGCCGAGAACACAAAGUUCCUGCAGGAGUAUGAGGGUCUUCGGAAGCAAGUGCGGGAGUACUACAAAUUGGCGGGCCAACGCAACUUUCGCGACAAGAAGCCUAUCGUUCGCGUGUCAGACAUGACAGGAUCGAAUCUCAGCGAUAACGCAGUAGAGGCUAUUCCAGGAUCGACCCCGGGAUCCAAACCGUACAAAAAGAAGGCGUCACUGCUAGGUAGCCUGACCUCGUCUUUGCACAGUAAGCGAUCUGUUCAUGGCUCUAUUGCAGGUGGUGAUGGCGAUGAUGCCAGCUGGCUUUCAAACAGGAUCGGAAGCGUACCGGACGCAGGAGAGAGCAAUGUUGAAUGCGACGGCGAUCCAGGACCAAGCAUGAGUGUUCAGCAAUAUGCGCUUCAUCCAGUACAAUCGUUUGGCAAGAACAGACAAGAUCCGAAGGGCAAUCUCUGGAAGCUUUCCCUUCAGUCGUCGCUGCGAAAUUCAAGCCCGGCAUUUGCAUCACCGUAUGGACCACUGCACGAAGAGGAGGACGGAGAUGGACCUCCUGAUACACGCCGCACUCGUUCAACACCAUCGCCCUUGUCACCACCGCGGACAUCCAUGGAGCGACGGCACCAACAAAAGGCAAGCCUUGACGGAAGGACUUGUCAUAACGAGGUGAGGAUGAGUGCUAUACCUGAUAUGAGCGAAUCCAAGCACGGUUCAGGAGGCGAUGACAGCGAGAGGUCGUCGUUUAGUUGGUAUGGUCGAGGAAACAAUGGAUCGACACUCGACUACCGCGAUCCGACGCCGGGCGAGGUCAGUAGCUAUCCGGACACAGCAUCGGACGCGAAUCAGGGUCAAUCCGAGUACUUUGGAGACGACUCCUAUUCCGUGGUCGAGGAUCAUCGAGGAGGCAAUUAUGGUAUCCAUGAGGUUCUUGAUGGGCCGAGUCCGACGAGCAGCGGAUUGCAUUCGGCACCUGGCGCUUCUGAGCACUCACAUCCGACAAUAUCCAUAGACGCCACCAGCUCUAGCGCACCUUACUCCGAGACGGCCUCACGCUCACCAUUUGGCCCGAGACACCGUCCUAGCCAUUCCAUUGGCAGUAUACCGCUCAGUGCCUUUACUUCAGACCAGGUGCGCGAUAAUGCAUUGACGUCGAUCGGACAACAAAAGCAGCCCAGUCGACUGGCUCAUCCAGUGAGUCACGGUCUGUACCAUUCUUCCAGCUCUUCGAUUUCUGCCACCUUCACUCCGCGUUUGCCUUCUCAACCCCAGCCCUUGAGCCCCCUCCGCCCAGGAAUCAGCAGGACGACUUCGGCGCGGUCCAUUCAGACUGUAGAGGAGGCUCGACAGCUCAGCAAUAGCCUCCUAUCGUCUGCCUCAUCCACACCGACGGGUCAUCUCAAUCUAUUGCCAGCUCAACCCCAGUCUCAGGACCAGCAGCAGCAGCACCAGGUAACGGAGACGCAGUCCACACCGCAAGCUCAGCUAUCGGUUGGAUUGUCAUUAGAGGAACAGAAGAAGCGAUCCACGGAGUCAUGCCGGCCUCAAUCGGCGACCCAGCCACAGACGUUGCAUCAGCAUUCGAUGUCGGGAUCGGAAUUGAGGGGAUCGUGUCCGACUGCUCCAUCGACCAACCGCCGAACGCCAGUACCCCGGGCGCUUCUGCCGGCGUAUUGGGAGAUCACCCACACGUUCAUCAUGCCCCAUGCCACACUGCAGUUGAACCUGGACGAGGAGCAUGUCGCUUACAUCAAGCAGCUGUUCAUGGAUUCGGAGUGCUACCUGGAGAUGUACGAGCCUAUUAUAAAGGAGGUCCAGGAAUUGGUCUACUCAAACGUGUGGCCCCGGUUCGUGCAGUCGCUCCAGCGCCGGCCACAGGGGCUCCCUGGAAAGUUCAAGCGGAAGUGGAGGUCAUUUUGCGGGACUGGGUCCGCUGAGGGUCAAGAUUGCGAAGAUAUAUAUAUGGGGUAUUCCUCUGGAGGAAAAGGUGGAUGGCAGAGCAAUGUGAGUCGAACAGACCAAAUGGGCGGAUCGACUUCGCAGGACCACUUGCAGCAGCAUCAGUCUGAUAUACAAGAGCGUGGCUUCUCGCAGGCGCCUCCACAGGCGUCGUAUGUUCAUCAACAGUUUGGGUAUCUCACAAGAGGAGGAGAAGAAGGAGGCAGAGGCGGUGAAGGAGGUCGCAGGAACGAGAAGGACGACAUAGAAAUGGAUGUGGUGCGGUUUGGAGUAAUGCAGGAUUUGGAUAUGUCGGUGUUGCAGCAUAUUGUGGUUGAUCCAAAGUGA